AUGUCCUCCGCGCCGGCGCCCGGGGGAGCGUUCGACCGCUACGUCCAGCGCGGCGGCGGCGCGCCGCCGGCGGCCGCGGCGGCAAGCGGCAACACGGGGGUAGGGGGCUCCUCUGGAUGGGGGCACCACGUGCGGCAUUGUGGAGGAGGACGCGGAGGGGACGAGGCGGAGCCGGACGUGACGGUGCUAGGUCGGCGGCGGGGAAACGGAAAGACGAGGACGGGGAGGCGCGCCACGACGGUGAGGGUGGAGGACGCCGGCGAGGGCAGGGGCCUGCCGCCGCCGUGGCCGGCGACGGGGCCGCACGCCGGCGGCAGGUCGCGCGCGGCGCGGCGGCAGGGCGAGACCAUCGCCAAGGGCCACAAGAACUAUGAGCUUAUGCUCAACCUCCAACUCGGCAUCAGACACGCUGUAGGAAAACAAGGCCCUAUUACGCUUGAUCUCAGGUCAUCAGCUUUCGACCCAAAGGAGAAAGUAUGGACAAGGUUCCCUCCAGAAGGCUCAAAGUACACUCCUCCUCACAGUUCUUGCGAUUUCAAAUGGAAAGAUUACUGCCCGCAAGUAUUCCGGACAUUGCGCAAGUUAUUCAAGGUUGAUGCAGCAGAUUAUAUGUUAUCCCUUUGUGGCGACCAGGCUCUCCGGGAGCUCUCAUCCCCUGGCAAGAGUGGAAGCUUCUUUUAUCUCACAAGCAAUGAUCAAUACAUGAUAAAGACUAUGAAGAAAGCUGAAGUAAAGAUAUUUCUGAAGAUGCUUCGAGCUUACUACAAUCAUGUCCGGUCAUUCGAGAACACUCUGGUCACCAAAUUUUUUGGUCUUCAUUGUGUCAAGUUAGCUGGAGCUAACCAAAAGAAGGUUCGUUUUGUCAUAAUGGGAAAUCUGUUCUGUUCGGAUCACUUUAUCCAUAGGAGAUUUGAUCUGAAAGGCUCGUCCCUUGGACGUACGACUGACAAGCCACAGACAGAAAUCGACGAGUAUACUAUUUUAAAAGACCUUGAUCUUAAUUUUAUAUUUAGAUUGCAAAAACACUGGUACCAAGAGUUCCAAAGCAGACAAGUCGACAAGGACUGCGAUUUUCUCGAGCAGGAAAACAUUAUGGAUUACAGUCUUUUGGUCGGUGUACAUUUUAGAGACAAAAGAGUUAUAAUGACUGAAGGUUCCUUUGAUAGUGAUAGCAGCAGAGGAUCAUCACCCCACCUAUCGUCUCACCUGUCUAGAGGAGAUACUGAUCCAAACAGGAUGUGCACGAUAAGGCUCGGGUCGAAUAUGCCAACAAAAGCCGAACUAACAGUACGGAGGACUGACUGUGAACCGCAGCUUAUUGGUGAGCCUACCGGGGAGUUCUACGACGUCAUAUUGUACUUCGGGAUUAUAGACAUACUUCAAGAUUAUGAUAUCAGCAAAAAGCUUGAGCACGCAUACAAGUCUUUCCAGUACGACCCGACAUCAAUCUCGGCAGUAGAUCCAAAACAGUAUUCCAGGCGCUUUAAAGAUUUUGUGUACAAAGCGUUCCAAGAAGACAACAUCUGA